AUGUUGAUCGCUUUGGGAGGGAAAGACAUUAAUCAGCUCUUUGAAGUCAUUGACGAACAACGAUGUGAGGCUAGCUGUCAACAAUUGUGUGGCUCGGCACCUACACCCGUCGUGAAGCUUGUCGUUGCCUAUGAUUGCAAUUUACCAUGUGAUGUACAAUGUACGAAGGAAUGUCUUCACAAGGACCCUGGAUGUGGAAUGGACUGCGUACAAAAAUGCGAGACGGCUUGCCCAGUAAUAAGCUGUGAAAACGCAUGUGAAACUGUAUGCAAGGGUCAGUGCACAUUCGCCGGCCAGCAAUCCCGCCAGUGUGCACCUGCAUGUUCCCAAUCUUGCGCUCAGUUGUGCGCCAAGAAACGAGUGAAGCGAGCCUGA